GGUGAGCAGGCGCGCUGGGAACACCGCUUCCUGCCCCCGCCCAGCCCCGCUCCCGACCCUGAGGGCGAGCGUUGACUUUUUCGGCGCCGCGAGUCCUCCGCCGCCGUGAGAUGGCGAGCUGGCGAGCAGGGGUCCCGGCUGCGGUGAGAGGGGUUCUCAGGGCGGCUGGCUGGCGAAGCAAAACCCAUCAUGUGGUCUCCGUGGAAGAAAUAAGGAACUUGGCUGUGUCGUCCUGCCUCAAAGAACAAACUCAUCUAUUGCAGGCCUAGCCUGGACUGCUGCCUUUGAAAACAAGGAAAGGCUGGUAGAAUGUCAACCGCAGCACAGCAUGGAAUUUCCAGAGAGGUCUUAUUUCAAAACUUCGUGAGGAAUGAGAACCACAUUGACUUCUUCAAGGGAGAUUGAACUGGCCUGAGUUUGAGGGCAAGGAUAAUGUGUGCCCAACCUGUAACUGACACCAAGGAGGCCAAGUGGCAGAAAGUCUUGUAUGAACGACAGCCCUUCCCUGAUAACUACGUGGACCGGAGGUUCCUGGAGGAGCUCCGGAAAAACAUCUAUGCCCGGAAAUACCAGUAUUGGGCUGUGGUAUUUGAAUCCAGUGUGGUGAUACAGCAGCUGUGCAGCGUCUGUGUUUUUGUGGUUAUAUGGUGGUAUAUGGAUGAGGGUCUUCUGGCCCCCCACUGGCUUUUUGGGACUGGCCUGGCUUCUUCACUGAUUGGGUAUGUUCUGUUUGAUCUCAUUGAUAGAGGUGAAGGGCGGAAGAAGAGUGGGCGGACCCGGUGGGCUGACUUGAAGAGCGCCCUAGUCUUUAUUACUUUCACUUAUGGUUUUUCACCAGUGCUGAAGACCCUGACAGAGUCUGUUAGCACUGACACCAUCUAUGCCAUGUCAGUCUUCAUGCUGUUAGGCCACCUCAUCUUCUUUGACUAUGGUGCCAAUGCUGCCAUUGUAUCCAGCACAUUGUCCUUGAAUAUGGCCAUCUUUGCCUCUGUCUGCCUGGCUUCACGGCUUCCCCGGUCCCUGCAUGCCUUCGUCAUGGUGACUUUUGCCAUCCAGAUUUUUGCUCUGUGGCCCAUGUUGCAGAAGAAACUGAAGGCAUGUACUCCCCGCAGCUAUGUGGGGGUCACACUGCUUUUUGCAUUCUCAGCCUUGGGAGGCCUGCUGUCCAUUAGUGCUGUGGGAGCUAUACUCUUUGCCCUUCUGCUGGUUUCCAUUUCAUGUCUUUGCCCUUUCUACCUCAUUCGCCUGCAGCUUUUUAAAGAAAACAUUCAUGGGCCUUGGGAUGAAGCUGAAAUCAAGGAAGACUUGUCCAGAUUCCUUAGCUAAGUUAGGGACCUCCAUUAUAUUAUUAAGGAAAGCUGAUAGACUACUCUUCUAACUAGUAUAAAAUUUGAAAGCAGAGUUCCAUUCUGGAAGCAGCAUGUUGAUGUGGGUGAGAGAGCAGAGAUCAAGAGAAUAUUACCCAAAGGCUUGGUGAAGGUGUUUAUCCUUUGUUAUUUUGUGGGUGAAAAAGCUUUCUGUGGCCUUCUUGAAUUAUUGCCUCUCAUUUAUUAUUCUCUGUAACAAAUGUAGUGAUGUGGUUUCUAUUUAUUAAAAAAAUAACAUUAA